AUGUGGAAUAAUCAACAAAAAUUAAUAAUGGAGCACACUUCCAAAACCUUUGAAAAUAUAUUGUCUCCGGAUGUUUUGAAUGACAAAAGUGAAUCGUCGUGCAUAUCACCACUCCAUCUGAAUCCUGAUAUAUUCACAAGGCUUCUAGAAACGCCAAAAAAAUUUAAAUCGUUUGAAAAAUUUGAACAAGAUCAGGAGAAUACUUGGAAUUGCAACAGACAAAUACCAAGCAGCCCAUCUCAUCCGAAUUAUAAUACGAAUUCAUAUGUUAUAAUGCCGGAUGGGAAUAAUUAUGACGAAGCGUUAGUUGGAAAAAAUACGGAUACGGUAUCGUUAUCAGUGCUAUCAGUGCAAUGUAUAAAACUUGUUGAAGGGUCUGCCAUAGGCAAAUUGAGUGAACCAAAGCUGGGAAGGUCACAAAUAUUGGAUAGUACUGUAUUGCAAGAUAACAAACACCCAAUGAAUAUUACUCCUGAAGCUACAUCGAGUGACGUAGUUCUUGAUAGUCCGGAUGACAGUGAUAUUUCUUGGUGCACAUCAUCCUCGCUUUCGGGAAACGGCGAUAUAUUAAUUCCUGAAAGAAUUGAAGAAAAACGGAACGAAAGUUCUUUCGAAGCACUUCCAUCAAACGAUCUUGACUCCUCAACGCUUCAUAAAGUAGACAUCCUUGAAGAAGCUGAUCCAACAUCAUCUAACAUCCCACGGCACGUACAUCAGUUUUUAAAUCCGAUUUAA